AUGUUGGCGGCUAUGACUUUAUAUGACUGCACAAUGGCGUCGAAUCAGAACAGUUUGUCGUCAUUUGUAGUGCGAAGCGACCAACGAAAGCGGAUAUCCAAACCUGAGACGCCUUCGAACACCCGAACCCAGAUCAACUAUGUGGUGCGAUUGCUGGCCACUUACAAUGGCAGAGAGCACGUGUACUUCCUGUUGGAGGCUGCUUUGGGGGGUGAACUUUUCACAACUUAUGAGCGGCUGAAACUCUACGGCUCAGAGGUGCAUGCCCGCUUCUAUGUGGCCUGCGUCACAGAGGCGUUGGCCCAUUUGCAUGAGAAGAAUGUGAUCUACAGAGAUCUAAAGCCGGAGAACCUUCUCCUAGACGUGAAAGGCUUCUGCAAGGUGACAGAUAUGGGCUUGGCCAAGAUUACGACCAGUCCAACGUUCACCAUGGUGGGCACGCCAGACUAUAUGGCGCCAGAGGUCAUUGAUCAAACAGGUCACACCAAGUCCGUGGAUUGGUGGACCUUAGGAGUUUUACUGUUUGAACUCCUGGCAGGGCACGCGCCCUUCGAGUCGAAGACGGGCAACGCGCAAGAGACCUAUGGCCUUGUGAAGCGUGGCAUCGAGACGGUGCACUUCCCAAGCUCGGUGAAGCUCCAGGCAGCAGCGCUGGUGCGAAACUUGUGCCACCGGAGUCCUGAGGUGCGUCUCCGCACCCCUAUGCUUCGGGAGCACCAAUUCUUUAAGUCCUUUGACUGGCCAGGUCUGCAGCAGUUGCGCAUGACACCACCUUUGGUGCCACAGGUCCACAAUCAGAAUCUCAGGAUCUUCAAGGUGCAGCAUCCAGAUGCACCGCAGCAGGUACAAGAGGCUAGCCGCAUUUUUGCUUUGCUGGAGUUGAGCAAUGGUUCGGUUAGCUUCCUCCAAUUGACGCUGCAAGCUACUCAUCUCCUUCUCAACGUCUUUGUUGUGCUGCAACGGGGAAAUGAUGAACUGGGCCAUUUCAUCCAUCAGGUGGGCCUUGUCUGCAUUUGUCAAGUUGUCGCCACCAUUGGCACCUCUCUGGACUGCCUGCGCUUUAGUGGCGCUAUCCAGGUCUAUGCCUUUGGCCCGAACAUGUUUCAACAUCGUCUCAACAAAAACGGAUUCACGGAUGUUGCGGGUAAGAACUCCUGUGAACCACCCUUGGCCCAGGUAUCUUAA